CCAGGAACCACUCAGAAGCCUCUCCCAGCACCUCCACGAGCGGCUCCACUUCAGCCAUGCCCAACGGUCGCCCAGAGCGCAAGAACGGCGCACAGAAGCGCAAGGUCGACAAGUCGGGCCUCGGUCGCGCCAUCAUCAACCGCAAGACCCGUGCCGCCCGCGACGCUCUCGACCCGACCCUCAACACGUCGACGAUCGAGGCCGGCCUCUCGUCCGUCACGCAGGAGAACGACCUCGACGAGUUCCUCAGCACCGCCCAGCUCGCCGACACCGACUUCUCGGCCGAGCGCCAGAACAUCAAGGUCGUCAUCUCGGACCCCAACCUCAACCCGGCCGCGUCGCACAACCCGUACCUCCUCACGCCCCAGCAGGAGGCCGAGCUCCGCAACAAGCAGUCGGCCAAUAGCCAGCGUCUCCAAGUGCCCCGUCGCCCGGCAUGGACCCGCGACAUGACGACUGUCGAGCUCGAGCGGCAAGAGCGUGACGCUUUCCUCGAGUGGAGGCGUGGUCUCGCCGACCUGCAGGACAACCAGGCGCUCCUCCUGACGCCGUUCGAGCGCAACCUCGAGGUGUGGCGCCAGCUGUGGCGCACGCUUGAGCGGUCCGACCUCAUCGUCCAGAUCGUCGACGCGCGCAACCCGCUCACGUUCCGCUCCGAGGACCUCGAGCGCUACGUCCUCGAGCUCAAUGGGCCCGAGGGCGACAACGACGACGAGGAGAGCGAGGGCGAGGGCGAGAACGUCGACGACAAGGGCGAGGGCACGAGCAAGAAGCCCAAGCCGAGGCGCCAGAACCUGCUCCUGAUCAACAAGUCGGACCUGCUCACUCGCGGCCAGCGGGAGCGUUGGGCCGACUACUUCGACGCCAACGGGAUCCAGUACGCCUUCUUCUCGGCGGCCAACGGCAUCGCGCUGCAGGAGGAACGCGCGCGGCAAGAAGAGCUCGCCGCGCUCGCCGAGCAGUCCGAGGAGUCGGACUCGGAGGACGACCUCGCGCCGGGCAUGAAGAUCCCCAAGUCGGGCAACAAGCUCAAGGGCCUCAACGCGGAGGGCAAGAAGGCGGUCCAGUCGGCGGCGGCGACGGGCAGCAGCGGCCCCGGCGCCGACGCGAGCCGGCCGAGGGUCACGAGCCGCGACGUCGACACGGACGACGAGAGCGACGAGGACUCGGACGAGGAGCUCGCGGGGAGGAUGCGGCGCGGCAUGGGCAUCUCGCUGCCCGGGUCGGACGAGAGCCCGAGGACGCGGAUCUUGAGCGUGCUCGAGCUCGAGGACCUCUUUAUGAGUCGUGCGCCCGAGGUGUCGCUCGCCGCCGGCCACGGCAACGAGAAGCUCGUCGUCGGCCUCGUCGGCUACCCGAACGUCGGCAAGUCGUCGACCAUCAACGCCCUCAUCGGCGAGAAGAAGGUGUCGGUCUCGGCGACGCCGGGCAAGACCAAGCACUUCCAGACGAUCCGCCUCAGCCAGGACGUCCUCUUGUGCGACUGCCCCGGUCUCGUCUUCCCGCAAUUCGCGAGCACCAAGGCCGAGCUCGUGUGCAACGGCGUCCUCCCGAUCGACCAGCUGCGCGAGUUCACGGGCCCGGUCGAGCUCGUCACGCGGCGCAUCCCGCAGCAGGUCCUCGAGGGCACAUACGGCCUGCGCAUCAACGUUCUGCCCGAGAACGAGGGCGGCACGGGCUACCCGACCGCCGCCGAGUUCCUCACCACCUUCUCGAUCGCUCGCGGCUUCUUCACUGGCGGUGCCGGUAACCAGGACCACUCGCGUUCGUCCCGUCACGUCCUCAAGGACUACGUCACGGGCCGGCUCCUGUUCUGCCACCCUCCUCCCGGCAUCAGCGAGGACGACUUCAACGCCGAGACGCGCUCGCUCGACCACCUCGCGGCGCAGAACAAGCUCAAGCGCAAGAUGGCGCCGACGACGCGCGUCGGCAAGGACUCGGACUACUACGUCCACUCGCCGGCGGCCAUUGCGGCGGGCGUGGCGGGCGCGAGCGCUGGCGGCGCAAAGGGCAGCGCAAAGGCCAACGCGAUCGACGAGCGCUUCUUUGGCGGCGGCGUCGGCAGCGCCGUCGUGCUCGGGACGAGGGCCAAGAAGGAGGCCGAGGAGGGCAAGGGCGAGGGCAAGAAGCACUUCAAGAAGAAGCGCGAGAAGCAGCGCAGCGGCAGGGGGUACGACUGAGCGGUGGCGGCUUGUCGACGAGCGCCGAGGCGCUGUGUGUGCAACGCUAGAGCCACGGUUGUUGUACUCUC